AUGUCAAACUCCAACGUCUACACUCGCCUUCAUUCCUUAUUUUCUUCAACCCGAAAUGCAGCAAACUCCAUUAAAUCAACGCACCCAAAACCCACAGAGACUACAAAAUCAUUAACCUCAGCCAAAAGAAAAGAAAUCAAUCUGGGUAUUAAAGAUCUUUUAGAUGAGAAAGAUUCUCAAAAACUCGUACAAAAGUUCAAGCUUUUAUCUCAAGAAAAGUAUUUCCGGCAAAGACACAAAAUUUACGAAAACACAAUUCAUCGACUUGCUCUUGCUAAUCAGAACACUUUGAUAGAAGACGCAUUAGAAUCCCAGAAAAAAUACAUUAUUGGGGAACCAUUUGCUGCCCGGAUUAUAUUUUUGUAUGGGAAAGCUGGUCUUUUUGAGCAUGCACACAAGGUGUUCGACGAAUUGCCUCAACUAGGUUGUCAACAGGGGUUCAAAUCUUUUAAUGUCCUUUUAGGGGCAGCUUCUAAUUCAGAGAAAUAUGAUAAGGUUUACGAGCUUUUCCGUGAGCUUCCGAGGAAGUUAUCGAUUAAACCGAGUGUACAUUGUUAUAACACGGCUGCUCAUGCUCUUUGUAAGCUGGGGUUAAUUGAUGAUGCAGUGUCAUUGAUCAGUGAGAUGGAGAUGAAUGGAUUGAAUCCGAGUGUUGUUUCUCUUAAUACGCUUCUUGGCGCAGUGUACGAGAAGAAGGGGUUUGAGGAAGGCGAAAAGGUGUGGGAAAGCAUGAUUGAAAAGGGUGUUGUUCCUGAUGUAUUAAGCUAUAAUUUCAAGUUGCAGAGACUUGUUAAUGAUGGGAAGCUUUCAAAGGCGAUGGAGUUGAUCAUGGAAUUGGAAAGUAAAGAGAUAAGUCCUGAUGUAGGUACUUACAAUGGUUUGAUUCUAGGAGCUUGUAAGAACAAUGAUUUGGACGAAGUAAGACGAUGGUAUAAGGAGCUCUUGAACAGUGGGAUUUUCCCAAACAAGGUUACAUUUAACACUGUGAUUCCUUUUCUGUGUGAAAAUGGCGAUUUUGGGUUGGCGUAUCAGGUGUGUAAGAGGAUGUUUAGGCAUCAAUGUUCAGUUGAUCAGUCAUUGUUGCAGAAGGUGGCUAAUGGACUUGCAAAGAAGUCGAUGAUGGAGGAAGCAAAGAUCCUCGUGGGAUUAGGAAAGUCGAAUAGUUAUUUUCCUUAUGAUCUUGAACUGCCUACUACAGUGUACAAAAGCCAAGAGUUUAAGCUCGUUUGCAAUUUAUCGUUUGCCUUAUGUGACAAAUUUAUAGCGUUUGCUUGGUACGAAAAAGGAAUAGGUAUCUAUUACAAACAUGUGGAUCUUUUGUCAUGGAUAUCUCCAAGCUCAUCUGGCAUUAUAUUUUGCCUUAUUCUAAUUGAACAUUAG